GAUUUUGCAUUCUGUUUUGACGGGGAGAGCCUUCAUGGCGUCCAGGGCCGAAUAUUUGUGAUCCCAAUGCCUCGCUUUGUCCCCCGCCAGCGGAAGCACAAAGUGCUUGCCCGCCAACAUGCGCAAGCUGGACCAUCGCCGGCCAACGCCGCCCCUCAGCAGUCCAACCAAGAAAUCAUAGUCCCCCAAAGCAAGGUCGAGAGAGAGGCCAAAAAGCAAAAGUUGAGAGAAGAAUUGAGAGCCCAGCAACCCCACAUCUCAAGCAAGAAACAGAAGAGGUUGGACAAGUACAUUGAGAAUAAGUUGCGGAAGGACGAGACAUUAGACUUGCUGCGGAAAUUGGAGCAAGAGAAGGAGAAGUAUGAGGCUGCUGUUGCAAAUAGCUCUGGGAAUUUGGGGAAGCGCACAUAUGGCGACUUUGUGAGUGACACAGGGCCAAGUCCAAAGCGUCAAACACAAAAGACUCCACAGAUGCAAGACGAUUCCGACGUCGAGAGCGAGGACUCCUUCGAGGCCGAGCACAGGGAAGCCUUUGACGAGGAUAAAGGCCCGAAGGAACCUAUCAUACCGCGCGGGCCUCUUCAGGUACAGGGGAGCGGGCUUGCCCGACCGUUGGCAGUAGAUGAAAAUGGAUUACCCAUCAUACAGUCACGAAAGAGCAAGAAACGGAAUCGACCCCGAGUCGAGGUUCCAGUCGAGUUGCCCUGGGAAGGCUUCGACUCGGAGCCAAGUGAAAAUGAGGAGCAUUCAGCGGAAGAGGACUCAGAAGACGAAGAAGAAGGCCCGAGUUCUGCAAACUCUGAUUCGUCAAGCGAACCAGAGGAUGCCUCAGAUGGAGAAGACGAUACAGACAUGUCCGAAGCGUACGAGGGCGAUGGCGACAAAAUCAAACCAAGGAAUUCAGCAUUCAAAGCGUGGGCGACCCAGCAAUUAAAUCAAUCCGUAGGGCACACGCCAUCUUACACAACGGGCGAAGGACAACUCUUACCUGUGCUCAAACCUGCCACAAAAUCAGACACUCAACCUCCGAAACCUUCGCCAGCAACUCAAUUACCAAAUCCUAUACCUAAUCGAAGAGCGUACGCGGUGCAUGUUCGUCGACCCGAGGAUAUCCAACAAGCUCGGUCCCAACUGCCGAUUCUUCAGCGGGAACAGGAAAUUAUGGAGGCUGUUCACAAUAAUCACGUUGUGAUCAUCAAAGGUGAAACUGGCAGCGGGAAAACUACACAGAUACCACAAUUCCUCUUCGAAGCCGGCUACGGGUCUCCCGAAGGACCAACUCCAGGCAUGAUUGGAGUCACGCAGCCUCGUCGUGUUGCUGCAGUCAGUAUGGCAAAGCGGGUCAGCACUGAGCUGGGAGAACAUGGGCACAAAGUGGCAUAUCAGAUCAGGUUUGACAGCACCGUGUCUUCGAACACAGCUGUCAAGUUCAUGACGGACGGUAUUUUGUUGCGUGAGCUCUCCGAGGAUUUGCUGCUGAGGAAAUAUUCCGUGAUAGUUGUCGACGAGGCCCACGAGAGGAGCGUCAACACUGACAUACUGAUUGGAAUGCUCAGCAAAAUUGUUCCAGCGAGGAUGCAGAAGAAUCAAUUCAAUCCGAAUCCGAAGCCUCUCAAAUUGGUCAUCAUGUCUGCUACACUCAACAUUGGUGAUUUUCUGCAUGAGAAGCUCUUCUCUCCAUCACUACGACCACCCAUAGUUGAGGCUGAAGGACGUCAGCACCGUGUAACAACACACUUUGCGCUAAGAUCACGAGCAGAUUACGUGGAAGAGGUGAUCGAAAAGCUCCGACGAGCUCACCGGAAACUCCCCAGGGGCGGCAUCCUUGUUUUCCUGACUGGCCAGAACGAAAUCAAGCAGGUCGGCAAUCGAUUGAAUGCCCUUCUGGGUUCAGGAAAGAGGAACAGUGGUCGGACGAACACACCUCGGGUAGAAAUUGCUGCGAGUGAAGCCCCACUUGAAGUUGAGGAUUUCGAGUUGGGUGCAGUGAAGGUGGACGAAGAACAGGACGAUUUUGAUAUGGAAAUAUUGACGCACUCGGAUGAUGAAGCGGAAGAGAAGGAGUUCGACAUUUCAGAUGAGGAGGACGAAGAAGAAGGUGAGGCAACAGCUACUCAAGACCGAGUGCCUUCGAAAUCAAAGGAUCCAUACACGUCUGUCCACAUCCUCCCCCUCUACUCCCAACUGCCAACUGCCGAACAACUUAAGGUGUUCGAACCACCGCCUCCGGGAGCAAGAUUGAUCGUUCUUGCUACCAACGUGGCCGAAACGAGUUUGACCAUCCCCGGUAUACGCUACGUUUUCGAUACGGGGCGCAGCAAAGAACGCAAAUACAACCUUGACACAGGCGUCCAGAGCUUUGAAAUCGACUAUAUCAGCAAGGCCAGCGCGCAGCAGCGUGCCGGUCGUGCAGGCCGUACGGGGCCCGGGCACUGCUGGCGGCUAUACUCGUCAGCAGUGUAUGAGCAAUUCUUUCCCGAUCACGCAGAGCCCGAGAUCUUGAGGGCACCGGCCGAGAGUGUGGUACUGCAGUUGAAGGGGUUCGCCUAUCCACGACCGAUCGCUGAAUUUCCGUUCCCAACACCACCGGCUGCCCCAACUCUGAACAAGGCAGAACAGCUGUUGAGAAACCUUGGGGCUCUGACUGGUAGUGGUUCGAUCACCGACUUGGGGAGACAGUUAUCGAUGUAUCCAUUGUCACCACGUCUCGGUAAGAUUCUGGUAGCGAGCGUCACUGACCCAGACUUGCUUUGGCACAUCCUUGCACUCGUCUCCGCUAUAGCGGUACCGGAAAUCUUUAUCACGGAAGGCCAACUCAAUCUCACUGAUGAUAAAACCACGGCAACAGCCUUGUCAGGUACUCAUCCGCAGGAUGAUGAGGACGAGGAGGAAGUAUACACGAUCGAGAAACAACAGGAAGACGACCACCGCGAGAAGCUACGACAAGAGUAUGGUCGUGCCCGUGCGACGCUGAGCAAAAACGAUAAAACAUCCGAUGCGAUGAAACUCCUUACUGCGAUAUCUUCAUAUCUCGACAGCUCUCCGGCUAGCAGAGAGGCCGUGUGCAAAUCGCUCUUCCUCCGUCCCAAAGCCAUGGCCGAAAUCGCUCAGCUUCGUGAUCAACUGGAACAUGUGGUCCGCAUGAACCAUCGCAGCACGAUCACCAGUGAGACGCUCUCCAACUCCCGGAAGACCAAAAUCUCCUCGAGCAAAGCGGCCACCCGAAUCAACACGAUCGUGACGUCCGGGUUCGUCGACCAAAUCGCAAUCCGCUACGACAAGGCACCGCAGCCUCCGUCCGACACACCAUUGAAACCGCGCCGGGCGAUUGACGUACCCUACCUCCCACUAAUCCCUCUGCACGACCGCGCGGCUGCUCCCCUACACGAGAAAGCGGUGUUUAUCCAUCCGUCAUCGGUCCUCGCGAGGGCUAACGUCAAAGACCUGCCCGAGUAUAUCUGUUACAGCCACCUGCAACGCUCCCAGGCCCACACAGUCAUCUCGUCCUCGUCCUCGUCGCUCUCGGAAGUCAACAACAAGAAAAUCCCCAAGACGAGAAUGUUCCCUCUCGCGCCCGUCACUUCGCCGCAGCUGGCGUACAUUGCUAGGGACACAGCGCUGGUCAACUACGGCAAACCUGUUCCCAAGACCAAGAUCGAGGACCUGCCCGGGUCGCCUAGGAGGAGAGAGUGUUGGGUCACGGUCGACAUGCGCGCGAGUGCCGGCGUUGGCGGGAGCGGCGGUGCGCUGGGCUGGCCCUUGCCGCCGGUCAAGGUGAGGCAGGUCAUGGAUGUGAAGAGCAAGACUGGGUGGAGGGUAGAGAAGGUGCUGAGUCCAUGACCCUUAAGCGGGCGGGUGGUUGGGACCAUUACGCAGUGUAGAGGGGAGUGAUAGAAUUUCGGACAAUGUCAGAUAGAAUCUACUCGGAGGAGUCCUGUAUAGACUACCGACUGUUUAUACCGCUUGUCCUGAUUCUUCGGGGAGCGACGUGAAAACCUAGCUCGCCAGAAUUCGUUGUAUGACUUUGAUUCGAUGCUGAAGGAGUGCCAUCUUUGCAAGCU